AUGGAACCGAGAACCGAUUCGUCGGAUUCAGAAGGCAUUCGAGAGAAAAGGAAGACGAUGGAGGAGGCAGGAAAGAAGGCGGCCACGAAAGGAGUUGACUGCAUCAUUCCGAUGAGUAGUACCAGACAAAGUGGUGCCUUGCUACUCCAAGCCCAUCUGAAACACCAGUUUAGAAGAACACCUUAUGCCUACCAAAGGCUCCUCCAUAGGGUAGCACAAUGUUUCUUAUCGAUGCUGAUUUGCAGGGAAACUAGCAGAAACUCUGUUGAAGCCUUGGUAAUAGUGAAUUUUACAGCAAUGUGGUGCAAGCCUGCAACAACAUUGGAGCCAUUCUUUACGGAACAAACUUUGAUACAUAAAGAUGCCACUUUCUUACCUGUUGAUGUGGUUGACGUGAAGGUUGAUAGGUUUUGA